UGAGCCCCCGGGGCCGCCUCUGCCCCCGGCUGCAGCCCCAGCCAUGAGCGGCGCGGCGGAUGCGGCGAAGGAGAAAUUGCUCUGGAACGUCAAGAAGGAGGUAAAACAGAUAAUGGAAGAAGCUGUCACCAGGAAAUUUGUGCAUGAAGACAGCAGUCACAUCAUCGCCUUAUGUGGUGUGGUGGAGGCGUGCCUCCUGCACAUGCUGAAACGCAGAGCCGCCGGCUUCCUCCGGACCGAUAAGGUCGCUGCCCUCUUCACCAAAGUUGGCAAGACGUACGCGGUAGCUGGGGACAUAUGUAAGAAAGCGCAGGAGCUGCAGCAGCAGGCGGAAGGCAGGAAAAAUCAGCCGAAUGGCCAGGAAUCCCUCAAGAGGCAGGGCUCUACCUCAAGCAAAACACCUGUCCUGACGCCGCAGGCCAUCAGACACAUCUGGGUGCGGACAGCCUUGAUUGAGAAAGUGCUGGACAAAAUCGUCCAGUACCUGGUGGACAACUGCAGCAAAUAUUAUGAGAGAGAAGCUUUAUUGGCAGAUCCUGUUUAUGGACCAAUCCUAGCUUCUCUCCUUGUUGGGCCGUGUGCACUAGAAUACACCAAGCUGAAAACAGCUGACCACUACUGGACAGACCCGUCAGCAGACGAGCUGGUUCAGAGACACCGGAUCCAUGGAGCUCAUGGGCGCCAGGACUCGCCCUCAAAACGCCCGGCGCUGGGAAUCCGGAAACGGCACUCAAGCGGGAGCAUGUCAGAAGACCGAUUUGCAGCUUCGGCUAGAGAAUACGUGGAGUCUUUGCACCAGAAUUCGAGGACACACCUGCUGUAUGGGAAAAAUAAUGUCCUGGUCCAGCCAAAAGACGACAUGGAGGCAAUUCUUGGCUAUCUCUCCCUUCAUCAGUCAGCAGAUAGCUUGACUUUGAAAUGGACUCCCAAUCAGCUCAUGAACGGAACCCUGAGGGACUCUGAGCUUGAGAGAAGUGUGUACUGGGACUACGCCUUAAUAGUGCCGUUCAGUCAGAUUGUCUGCAUUCACUGCCAUCAGCAACCGGAAAGCGGAGGGACGUUAGUCUUGGUGAGUCAGGAUGGGAUCCAGAGACCUCCACUCCAUUUCCCACAGGGAAGUCAUCUCCUCGCUUUCCUUUCCUGCCUGGAAAACGGCCUUCUGCCUCGAGGACAAUUAGACCCACCACUUUGGUCACAGCAGGGCAAGGGUAAAGUAUUUCCAAAGCUCCGGAAACGAAAUAGUAACAAGUCAGUGGAGCUGGAGGAAAUGCCACAUGAGGAGUCUGCUACGGACUAUGUCUUCAGGAUUAUCUAUCCGGGACACAGGCACGAUAACAUAACUAUUAACUACCACCACUUAGCUGCCAGCCGUUCUGCCUCCGUCGAUGACGACGAGGAGGAGGAAGACCGGCUCCACGCAAUGCUCUCAAUGAUCUGCUCUCGGAACCUCACAGCUCCUAAUAGGAUGAAAGACUCCAGCGACAUGAUAGAGAUGCAGGGAUUCGGUGCGAGCUUGUUGUCAUGGCAGCUAGAACACUGCAGCCAAGGGUCCUCAUGCCUCUCCUGUUCAUCAGGCAGCUCUCCCUACGACAUCCCCAGCUGCUGCAACUGCAUUCACGACAGAACGCCAUUAAAGAUGCUGUGUGAAAGCAUGAAGAAGCAGAUUGUUUCCAGAGCAUUUUAUGGAUGGCUUGCCUACUGCCGCCAUUUGUCUACAGUGAGAACGCACCUGUCUGCCCUCGUGAACCACUCAAUUAUCCCGCCUGACAAGCCUUCCAGCGCUGCCGGAGGCCUGACGAAAGAGGUCUGGAGUAAAUAUCAAAAGGACAAAAAGAAUUACAAGGAAUUAGAAUUACUCAAACGAGUUUACUAUGGCGGCGUGCAGCAUGAGAUUCGAAAGGAAGUGUGGCCCUUCUUACUAGGUCACUACAAAUUUGGCAUGACCAAAAAGGAAAUGGAUCGGGUGGAUGAAGAUAUUGCUCUCAAGUAUCAGAAGGUCAUGGCCGAGUGGAAAGCCUGCGAGGUCAUCGUGAAGCAGCGGGAGAAAGAGUCACACUCCACCACCUUUGCUAAGUUUUCAUCAGGCAGCAGCAUUGACAGCCAUGUUCAGCGAUUGAUCCACAGGGAUUCCACCAUCAGCAAUGACGUCUUCAUAUCUGUAGAUGAAAUGGACUCAACAGAGCGAGAUUUAAAAGGUCCGGUUGACCCCGCUUUGACCGUGGUGAACGUCGACACUCCCGUCGCCGCGGCUGCAGCAGAACAGCAAUCAGUAGAAUUUGAUUCUCCCGACUCCGGGUUGCCUUCUUCUCGGAAUUACUCGGUCACUUCGGGCAUCUUGUCCAGCAUCGAUGACGGGCAGAGUGUCUGCUUUGAGGACGGGGAGGAGGAAGAAGUUAGCGCCGACUCAGAAAGACCAGAUCUGGAUCUGACCCAGGCUCAGAAAGCCAAGGCGGUCCCCUCAGAGCCUCAGGAUUCUGUAAUGGAGGAACAGCUGUGCUCCCAGUUGGAUUAUUUAACGUCUGGAGAGGACAUUGGUUCUGUUUGUGGAACAGCCUAUACAAUAGAAUUACUGGACACUGUUGCCUUAAAUCUGCAUAGAAUCGAUAAAGAUGUCCAGAGGUGUGACCGGAAUUACUGGUAUUUUACUGCUGCUAACCUGGAGAAACUCAGAAACAUCAUGUGCAGUUAUGUUUGGGAGCACCUGGAAGUUGGAUACGUCCAAGGCAUGUGUGACCUGCUGGCUCCUCUCAUGGUUAUACUUGAUAAUGAUCAACUGGCGUACAGCUGCUUCAGCCACCUAAUGAAGAGAAUGAGCCAGAAUUUCCCCAACGGAGGUGCUAUGGACACACAUUUUGCCAACAUGCGAUCGCUAAUUCAGAUUCUAGACAGUGAGCUCUUUGAAUUGAUGCACCAAAACGGAGACUACACCCACUUUUACUUCUGCUAUCGUUGGUUCCUGCUUGAUUUUAAAAGAGAAUUGUUGUACGAGGAUGUAUUUACAGUGUGGGAAGUUAUUUGGGCAGCAAAGCACAUCUCUUCAGAACAUUUUGUCCUUUUCAUUGCCUUAGCACUAGUGGAGGUCUAUCGAGAGAUUAUCCGUGAUAACAACAUGGACUUCACCGAUAUCAUCAAGUUUUUUAAUGAAAUGUCAGAGCAUCACAAUGCCCAGGAAAUCCUGAUGAUCGCAAGGGGCCUCGUCUACAAAGUGCAAACGCUGAUUGAAAACAAAUGACCGCGGACCGAGCGGAACACGGGCUUAGUGCUGACUGUGGGACAAGGCAUUUCUUGCACUGUAACUUCAGAUGAUGUUUUAAUUGCAUCUUCCAUGUAAUGUAGUAAAUAGUCCAGAGAUUUGUAAUAGACUUUUAAAACAAACGAAAUUUUCCACCACCAGAUGAUGAGGUUUGUGUUGGAUAGUCAGUGUUAUGCUCACUUGGUAUUGCGAGGCAAAACUUUUUUUGGCAUUCUACCCUCUCUGAGUCUCUAGAUAUUGUCCAGCUACAUGUCUGAGAUACAAAAGGAAUUUUCGUUUUUGGAGUCAUACAUUGACCUAUCAGACCCUUAACACACUAGGAAGAUUUUGUGCUCGACAGAAACUCCCUGGGCAUGCAGACUUAAGGCCCCCAAUUCAACGCCCAGUGAAGUCUGUGAGCACUGGAUCGGGAUCUUAGACAAGAAAAUGCCGUAGAGCUCACCUAGGAUACGUGAAAGGAUGCCCCAGCUCCCAAGAGUGUUUUGUCCAUAUGGUGACUUUCCAUCCUGUUAUCUAGAACCAUUUGUAAUCAGGUUAGAAAUCAUGCCAUUGAAGAUAUAAAAACACCCUGCCUCCGAGAACCAGAGAAGCCAAGCCCGCUUACUCAGAAAAAUCCUGGUCAAAUAUCUUCACUAGGCCAAAACAUGAGAGGUGUUAAGCCCCAGUGACUCCUGGCAGUAUACCAUUAGCUGCAGCAUAUCUACAGGGACCAUGCAAGUCAAGUCAGGUAUGCUUAGGCCAGCCAUCUGUUUCAGCCUUUACUAGAAGAGGAAAGCUAGGAUUAAAAUCUGAGGGGGCAACUUGUAAAUUGCUUCCUCCAGAGAUACAAGAUGCUACAUCAUUCCUCUCCAGAUUGUUUGCUAACAAUUCAGUGAAAUUGGUCUGAGAAGACAUUAAGAACAAUUUUCAGUGCCCACAGCCCUACUUCAGCAAAACCCCUGAGCAUGUGAUUAAAUCCAUCCCUGUGCUGCUGACCACUACACAUCUGCUUAGCUUUACAUUUGUGCUUACUGUGGUGCUGAAUCUGGGCCAGAAAGAUUAUAGUCUCUUUAGAGUAGGAGCUGGCUUUUUGUUUUUUGGACAGGGCCUAGCACAAUAGAGUUCUGGGCUGGGGACCCAAGGUGCUACCACAGUAUAAAUAAAAGAGGCUCCAGCUAUCAGGGAUACAUUUCUGCUACCUUUCCCCACACUAAGUAGUCAGUACCUUACUCUGAAAGUAUUCCAAGGUGGCAGAAUCUGGCCCUAUAUAGUUUACACUUGCAGGUUAGUCAGAUCUUGAAAUCUGGCCUAGUGCAUAGGAAAUUAAGCCCCUGCUCGUGUGGUUGGAUCUCCCACUCCUGCACCUAUGUGGAGUGGGGCAAGUGCAGGGAUCUGCAACAGGAAAACUGAGGGCAGGAGUGGGGCUUUAAUGUACUGUAGAACCUCACAAAUACAUGUCCCCUGGAAUUUGUACAUCUGACUUCUCAGAGAGCUGUAGGACUGCAUGACUUCUGAAAAAUAGAAUCCAGGCCAUCACUAAUUCCCAUGUAGGUGUCAGCAUUUGCCAGAUUAAAAAAGUGUAUUUUGCUGGGCUUUAUUUUACUGCAUUUGCUGUGGCUGGAAUGUUUCCAUGUAAAGAUACAGUAGCUCUCUCUGUCAGUCGCAUGUAUUCCUGAGGUCCUACAUCAUUCAUUUCCAUAUCAGGCUGAAGUUUAUAGUGGUGGCACAAUACUUACACCUCCUCCACUGGGGUAAGGAGUUGUGACAAUUUAAACCUGCUGAGGAACUGUCCUCGGGCUUUAGUUUGUAGUGUCAGUUUGUUUAUAUCUCCACAGUGUCACCACAGAGAUUAUAGUACAUGCCUAGAUCCAAGACAUACUGUGAGAGUCUUCAAACUGAUCAGUUAGAUUGAAAGUUUAAUGAUGCAGCAGAAAGAGAAUUAUCACUGUGCCAGCAUGAGAUAAGAUGUGAUCCUAAUGAACAUCCAAUGAAGUUACCCGUUGAUUUCACUAGAACAGGCACAUGGGCACUUUUUAAAAAAAAUCCAGAAGCGCAAGUCCCACUGACUUGCCAUGAGACUUGUGCUCCUAAAUCAUUUGCGCACUUUUGAAAAUUCCAUCCUUUGCCAACGUGCCUCGAUAUUAAAGAUGAUUAAAUCUCUUCCAAGGGAGCUAUUAAAAUGAAAUUUAGUCCUGAACCAAAGCCCUGAAUCCAAAUACCCUUAAGUUGAGAUCAUCUUGAGAGUCCUCUUGAAAAUUCUACUCUCGAAAGAUAAGACCGCUGGCGUGACGUUGCGCCCAUUACCAUCAUUGGUGAAACUCCACCUUGGACUUAGUGAAAACAGGGUUAGGCCAACGCUAAGCCCUUCUGGAAAGUGCACCCAUGACAUAUGGGUCUAUCUUAGAUGAUCAUUACUGGAUUUCUCCUAGGAAGGGAAUAAAUCAGAGUUGUAGGUUUGAAAAUACAAAAGAAAAACUCUACCCAAAUUUCAGCAUUAGAACUAACAGGACCAGAGUUAGAAAAAUACUAAACAUUCAAGUAUUAGUAUUAGACCAGUGACUGUUUGUUUCACUUGCAUCUUUUACACAGUAUAAAUUGUUUGGUAAACCGAUGCAUUUCUGAAACAGGUUAUAAUCCACAAGUGGCCCACUGUGAAAUUUGAGGCACAUUACCCUCAGUUAAAGUCUGUGCAAAGAUACAGACUGAAUUAUGCCAAAGAAUCAGUACAGGACACUCAUUCCUCUUUGUUAUAUUUUUACAAAUCAAGAAAAAUAAGUUUCAGGUUUAUAAAGACACAACAGACUUUUGUAUCCUUAAUAUUAUGAGACUAUACAGUAUCUCCACCUUGUUAUACAAUAAAAUGGGUAGAGGCCCUUAUUCUCAGAUGUUUUUGAAAAAAAAACAGUAAAAGAUGUUUAAAUAUAGAAUUGAAGAUGUAUAAUAAAUCUGUAAUGUGCCCAUACCUCGUGAAGUUAGGGGGAAGUCGCUUUUAAAUUUGAUCCACUUUCUGUAGACCUUUGACUUUGACAAAUGAGGAGUUGUCAUUCAUGCCUUACUUGAUCAAGCUAUCCAGAAAAUGGUGUGUUCAAAACUUUCUUGUUCAGUCAAAAAAAAAAAAUUUUUUCCCCCCAGAAUAUUGUUGCAACAAUGUCCUGGCUCCACUAGUCUGUCUGUCCAUCUGAUCUGUGCCAUUUGUAUAGUUUCUUGGGCCCUUAAGAGGACUGUCUGUCAUUUCAGAUACACCCAGAUAUCAUGCAGUCAGUUACCACUAUCAACUUUCAUGUGACCUGAACUAAGGAGAGAAAUGAGAAGUUUUAAAGUGACCUGUUCCUUUUUGAUUUCACAAAAUAGGGCAGAGGAAAUUCUCAGUGUAUUUUGAAAGGCCUCUCCGUCUUAAUUUAUUGCAGGAUGGGUUUGCUCCCUACCCUCCCUUCUAGCCGAUACAUAAAGAUCCCCCUCUCCUUGCUGAUUUUCUAUGGGAAAAGCUGCUGAUUGCAGGAUUGUGCAGUCUUAGAUUUGAACCAUCCUGACUUUCCCCAGGGCUUCAUUCUCUUUGCAGAAUGAUGCAUCAGCUGUUCAACAAGAAUCCAUUCUACACAGGUGGAGACGGCGUUGUGCAAAAGCAUGUCUCCUUAGCAGCAAGCAGACCUGGGCAAGAAAUCCCGCUACUGGUCCUUUGAAAUCGAGGAGCAGAGCGUCUUCCCAAAAUGCAGUUCAUUAGUGUUGAAGGGAGGUGCACUCAGGCUCUGCAGAGAUAAUGUGCGAAGGGGUCAAAGUGACAGGUAUUUAAAGUGCUCCUGCUAGCCAGUAGCACUGCUUAGUUCUUGUACCUGGGUUUUACUGAAUUCAUAGAACAGGGGAUGAGGAAAAGACAGUGGUUAAAAUAAAGAAACCAAAUCAAAAAGGUUUGAAUUAAAUGUUGUCAAAGUGGUAAACAGGUCCUUUCUAAGGCCAGGCAUGCUAAGGUCCCUUGACUAGUCUCACUGAUUUUAGUGGGAUUAUUCAGGUGAGUAAAAGCAGCUGGAUUUGGCCCUAAAAGGUGUUAAGACUAUGCAAUGUGGUGUUGUGGUUAUUGAAGCAAUGAGUUUAAAAGGCCCAAAAGUCUCUCUCUUAAAACAGUAGGCUGCCUUGGGAAGAUACCAUUGGAUCUAUGAAAGAAAAACAAAUUGAGUGCAACAACCAACUUAACGAUUGUUUCUUUGAAUUCCUGGGAUGCAGCGUAGCAUCACUUUCAGUUCUUUGCCUGCUUUCCCAAGCUAACAGGCUUCAUCCAGGAGCAGUUCAUUAGAUCUAGCUAGCCAUUCGUUCUGUGCUGGUGGCCAAACACACUAAAAGCUGCACCUUGCAUUUUCAUGACAAAGAGUCAUCAAAAAUUGCAUACGGUUCAGGUGUAUGC